AAUUAAUUAUAUUUCAAAUAUGAGAAGGAUAGACAAUGAGUUAACGAAUGGUCAUGGUUCACCAGUUAGAAGAAAUAGUACGCCAGUUAGAAGUUCACCAAGGCUUGCUGCAAAAUUUGCCGAACAAUCUCCUAAACCAAUUCGAAGAAAUAAUACCACAACAAACUUUGAUCACCUUUUACAAGAAGAUAACACGAAUCUUUUGGGAAUUGUAUGUGAUAAUUCUAAUACUACCACUUUCACGUUACGUAAUUUGGAUGAAACAACGGAAUUUAUGUUAGCAGUUCCUCCUAGUACAAUUUCACCAAAUGAACUAGAUAAAGAUAUAACGAAUGUUCAAGAACAUGAUAUGUCCAUAGUUGAAGAUAUGUCACUUGAUGAACAAGAUUUACAAGAUUUACAAGAUAUUGAGAAUGCAAUAUCAAAUGUGAUUGAAACGCAUUUGUUACACGGCGGUGGUGUUGGAACUGGAACUGUUAAUUAUAGUUAUAGUGGUGAUACUGGUCCACAAUUUUGGCAUUUACUCGAUAAUUCCGAUAAAAUUUGUUCAACUGGUAAAAAUCAAUCACCUAUUGAUCUCACAUCUGAAGAUAUUAAAAAUUACGCCUCACCUCCUUAUCCAAAUUUCACGGAUAUAACUGAAGUUAAAGCAUAUAAUGAUGGUCAUACCGUCGAAUGUUCUUCUGAUGAUAUGUCAAAAAUUUCUAUUACAGUGGAUGGAAAAAUAUAUACAUUAUCCCAAUUUCAUUUUCAUACACCUUCCGAACAUCGAAUUAAUGGUAAAUAUUUUGAUGUUGAACAACAUUUGGUAUUUCAAAGUGAAGAUGGAUUAAAUGCUGUCGUAGGUGUAUUUUAUGAUAUGUCAUCAAAAAAUAGUACUUUUAUGGCACCUAUAAUUGAAAAUGUGAGAAGUUUAACAACUCCUCCUUGCACAGAAAGUGUAACUUGGUUCGUCAACGUUAAUCCACUUAAUAUAGGAAUGCAACAAGUUAUCGAAUUACGUGAUGUUAUAGGGUUUAAUUCUAGAUAUUGUCAAAAAAGAUAUUAA